CCACCACUAUUGGCUGUGGCGCGGGUUCCGCCCUCACAACUGCGGAGCCAGCGGAGGGUGCACGUCUUACGCAGCGGGCGGCAGCGGCGGCGUUGGGGAGGCUGAGCUGUUGGCGCCUGCGGGCUGGGUACCCAGUCUGGGAAAAGAUGGCCCCACGGCCACCGAAGGGCCUAGCCCCAGCUCUGCUCUGGGUCCUGAGCCUUUUCAUUGGCCUCCCAAGCCCAGUUUUGGUUCAGCCCUCUCCUCCUCCCCAAUCUUCUCCCCCUACUGAACCUCAUCCAUGUCAUACCUGCCGGGGACUGGUGGACAGCUUCUACAAGGGCCUGGAGAGAACCAUCCGGGACAACUUUGGAGGCGGAAACACUGCCUGGGAGGAAGAGAAGUUAUCCAAAUACAAAGACAGUGAGACCCGCCUGGUAGAGGUGCUUGAGGGCGUGUGCAGCAAGUCGGACUUCGAGUGCCACCGCCUUCUGGAGCUGAGUGAGGAGCUGGUGGAGAGCUGGUGGUUCCACAAGCAGCAGGAAGCCCCAGACCUUUUCCAGUGGCUCUGCUCAGAUUCCCUGAAGCUCUGCUGCCCCUCAGGCACCUUUGGGCCCACCUGCCUUCCCUGCCCUGGGGGCACGGAGCGGCCCUGCGGUGGCUACGGGCAGUGUGAAGGGGAAGGGACUCGAGGGGGCAGCGGGCGCUGUGACUGCCAAGCUGGCUGGGGAGAGGCCUGUGGCCAGUGCGGCCUCGGCUACUUUGAGGCAGAGCGCAACUCCAGCCAUCUGGUAUGUUCGGCUUGUUUUGGCCCCUGUGCCCGCUGCUCAGGACCUGAGGAAUCAAAUUGUUUGCAGUGCAAGAAGGGCUGGGCCCUGCAUCACCUCAAGUGUGUAGACAUUGAUGAGUGUGGCACAGAGCGAGCCAGCUGUGGAGCCGACCAGUUCUGCGUGAACACGGAGGGCUCCUAUGAGUGCCGGGACUGUGCCAAGGCCUGCCUGGGCUGCAUGGGGGCAGGGCCCGGCCGCUGUAAGAAGUGUAGCCCUGGCUACCAGCAGGUGGGCUCCAAGUGUCUCGACGUGGAUGAAUGUGAGACGGCGGUUUGUCCAGGGGAGAACGAAAAAUGUGAGAACACUGAGGGCAGUUACCGCUGCAUCUGUGCCGAGGGCUACAAACAGAUUGAGGGCAUCUGUGUGAAGGAGCAGAUCCCAGAAUCAGCGGGCUUCUUCUCGGAGAUGACAGAGGACGAGCUGGUGGUGCUGCAGCAGAUGUUCUUCGGGGUCAUCAUCUGUGCGCUGGCCACGCUGGCUGCCAAGGGUGACUUGGUCUUCACCGCCAUCUUCAUUGGGGCUGUGGCCGCCAUGACCGGCUACUGGUUGUCAGAGCGCAGUGACCGUGUACUGGAGGGCUUCAUCAAGGGCAGAUAAUCCUGGCCACACCUGCAGGGUCUCUUCCCCGCCCAGGCUGCCCCUGAGGGCGGGCCUCCCUCCCGCCUGGACACUUGAGGGACUUGCUUUAUUUUUGAGAGUGGGGUAAGCAUCCCCUGCCCACCUUAUGGAGCAGCCCAGGCACCCAGGUCUGGGCAGGUGAGGCCCCUGGGGUGAAAGGAUAGCCUUUAAGGGUGGGUACCAUGAGACCUUGGCCCCAGGGGACUGGGCAGGCUUCACAAUGUGUGUGAAUUUUUUGAAGUGUCUCCUUGUGGUGGCUGCUAGUGAGCUUUGGCCCCUACCCAGGAUGUGUGUGGGGAGGGGUCCCUGCAGGGGUGGGCCCUUCACAGCCCCCUCCUGCCAGCUGCAUGCUGCCAGCUCCUGUUCCGUAUUCACCCCCUGCCUCCCAGCCACUGAUUUAUUUAUUCAUCUCAGGAAAUAAAGGACGAUCUUGGAAAAUA